AACUUAGAAGAAUUCUCUUGUAUUCAUGUCAUACUACACAAGUUCAAGGCGUACUGGAUUGCCCCGGACUGUAUUGCGAUGGCUGCAGAGCCUUGACCUCACUUUCUCACCAAUGCACUUCCGUAGGGAUUUUUCAAAUGGUUACCUUAUUGCUGAAAUAUUCUCUUGGUACUACCCAGAAGACAUUCAAAUGCAUUCCUUUGUAAAUGGAACCUCCCUAAGUGUCAAACUCAGUAACUGGUCACUGCUCGGAAAGUUUUUUACAAAAAGAAACUUGAAGCCUACACGAGAGCUAAUUGAUGGGACAAUUCAUUGUAAACCAGGAGCUGCAGAAAUAUUUCUCCAAGAUAUUUACACAAUGCUGACAAACAGACGUAUAAAACAAAUUCAAGAUGAAGAGAUUGAUUUUACAGAUCGUAUUUACCAGGAUAAGUUACCACUGGUUGCUAGAUCAACUGCUUCAAAGGCUAUUAAAAACAAUCUCAAUUUGACAGAAUUAAUGGUAGAGCCUAAUAUUUACAAAAACAAACAGAAAAUAAAUGCCAUCAUUGAUAUACAUAUGCAGCGAAGAUUAAUGGAGAGGGAACAAAAUCCAGCACGGUUUGGUAUUAAACCAACGCUGGGAGAACUUGCCAUUCGUCGCCCUUCUGUUUUGGCCUAUUCGUUGAGUACAACUAAUCUUCACAAGGAAAAAUCUGUUCCUGUGCCAAAUAAUGUAGCAUCCACAGAAAUCAGAGGCAAAAUGGGUGUGCAUUUCAAAACUAUUCAAGUGAAACAAGCUGAGAGAUUCCCAUUUGAUGUGAACAUAACUACUGAAGCCUCAGGCACACAUUUUAAAGGACUAUAGAGAAGAAAUUCAGGAACACAAAAGAAGAUUUAUAAUCACAUUUGAAUACUACAUUGAGGAAUACGAACCUUAUAGGUAAAGCCAGUAAAGAAUUAAUUCUGAUAUCAAAGACAUGUUACUAACUUGGUAUUUGUUCGGGCAUAAGAAACUGCAUUAAAACCAGAUCAUUUUAUCCAUUUUGUUACUGGAACUUUACAUCUUUGUCAUGCUGUAAUGCAGAUAUUUUAUUAUACUAGCAAUGCACAGCCCUGAACUCUUAGACAAUGUAAUUUUAAUAAAAUGGA